AUGCAGACUCAUGAAAUUUCCCAAACUCGGGUCAAAAUGAUUACUGUAACAGCAGCCGACGGACAGCCGGUUCGUGUGACUCUUCUCAUUCCCGAACUUGCGACACCUCGUAAGGGCUUUAUGGCUCUUUUCCAGCCUUCCGUGAGGGGAAAAUUCGUCCAGUCGGGCAGUGGAGAUGAGGUCAAAUACACCACCGCACACAGUCUCCCUAAUGCGGAUGUUAUUAUCCACUUGACCGAAUGGUCAUUGGACGUCGAAUGCAACCUCAAGACUACUUCUAGCAGCCUCAAGUACACGUGCCGUCAGUUCCCGGAUAGAAUUGUUCCUUUGAAGGCUGAGUAUGUGAUUCUCAAGGGCAAAAUUGUCCUAGAGCUUCCGAAAGUUGACCCAUCGCAUUCCUGGGCUGGUGAAUUAAGCACCAAAGGCCUCGAUCAGUCAUCAGUGAUGGCUUUUUCUAAAAUUGAUGCAUUAAUAUCGGAUGAAGUAGAGAAUGUUCAAGUGUAUAAGGACGAGUGUGCUUUUUCCUUUGCGGCAGCGGAUGACGGCGACGGGUUGUUUAUCUGUCUGCGCACAUUUCUUGGCAUAGGCCCUCAAUUUGUUGCUGACUACGUUAAGCGAACUGGAUUUUCAUUAUUUCUACAAUACAAGAUCAUAAAAUUGCUUAAGCAAAAAGAUGAUGGUGAUUCGCAACCCGGAAAACCACAAAAAUUGGCAAUCGGUGUACCUGGUGGAUUUGAGCUUCCACAAAGUAACUACAGUAUCUCUGAGAAGUGGUGUCUGCGCCGUUUUCCUGGCAAUGAUUCUCUGAAUAUACCUUGUCCGCGAGAAAACACCGAUCGCAUGGACAUGUCGCACUUGCAGGGUUUAGGUCUAUCUGAUAAAGUAAUUGCCUGCAUCAAUACAAUUCAGCGAUGUGACUCUGCUAUACUUGCUGCUGAAAGGGCUGGUGCCGCCGAAGCUUGGGAAGCAGAAAACCUGUGCCCUGUCUCAAAGUUUGCGCAAACCCUCGUCCAAUUAGACAAUGGGGUCACUGUACCUCCGAGUGGUCAUAAGUGUCAUAAGUGUGAUUUAACAACCAAUCUUUGGAUGAAUCUUUCUGAUGGAACGAUUUCUUGUGGUCGGAGGUUCUGGGAUGGCUCAGGUGGUAACAAUCAUGCAAUUGAACACUAUGAAAGAACUGGUUACCCGCUAGCUGUCAAAUUGGGCACAAUUACGCCAACUACAGCGGAGGUCUUUUCCUACGCGGAGGAUGACAUGGUGACUGAUCCACUGUUGGCCCAACAUCUCGCCCAUUUCGGCAUUGACAUGCAGCGCCAGCGAAAGACCGAUCGCACCGUGAUGGAGCUGGAGGUAGAAGCAAACGAACGCCUUGGCGAAUGGCUCACUCUACAAGAAUCAGGAAAAUGUCUUACACCGCUCUUCGGGCCAGGCCUCACUGGCCUAAUGAACCUCGGCAACACGUGUUACAUCAAUUCUGUUGUUCAGGUGCUGUUCGCCACUGAUGUCUUUCGCCAUCGCUACGCCCACGCUCUCCCCGCAUUCAUUGAAGCUGCAAUGCAAAGUGUCGCACAAACCGGCAAUGCCCUGUCUGCUGUGGACUCUUUCGGUCUUCAGUUGGCGAAACUAGGGCAGGGCCUUUGCUCCGGUGCCUUCUCUUUCCCACCGCCUGCGAUCACCGAAAACGUCUCUCACUCGGAUCAGGUUGCGCCGAGGCAGCCAGGAAUUCGCCCACGCAUGUUCAGGUACCUAAUUGGUAAGACCCACUCGGAGUUUGCAAGCAAGCGCCAACAGGAUGUCCAGGAAUUUUUGGCGCAUCUUUUCACUCUGGUUGAACGCGAUGUGGCCGAGAAACCCAAAGUCCAGGCGCUGCUGGACAAGAGUGGAGUCACACAAAGCGUCGGCUCUCCACUGCCGUCACUAACUUUCGCUGUCGAGGACAGGCUCGAAUGCGGCGCUACUCGACAAGUUCAGUACAAAGAGCGACUAGAGACCAUACUUCGUUUGCCGAUUCCAUUGGAAGCCGCGACGAACAUCGACGAGGUCGCUUUAUACGAGGAACGUAAACGCCAAGCCGAGGUCGCCAAGCAGACCUUCAAGGAGGAUCAAGUUUACUUGAAAGUUAGCCUUGAGGCGUGUCUCGUGCGCUGGGCAGAGCACGAAACCAUAACGGAUUUUGUGCCCCCCGCGACUAAUCCGCCAGGCCAACGGACUACGGCCCUGCGCUCCUCACGCCUAGCAACCUUCCCAGACCUCCUCUGUGUUCAGAUGCUCAAAUUUACACUUGGUGAUAACUGGGUUCCCAGAAAACUGAAUGUGGCCAUCCAGCUGGACCCACAGUCGGAGGAUGGACGUCCGAGGCCUGAUUGGCGCAUCGACCUCUCCGUACUCAAGGCUCCCGGCGGACUCCAACCCGGUGAAGUUCCCAUGCCCGAGGACUCUGCUGACUCUCUCAGCCGCCAACCUCAACAACAGGCACAGUUCGAUGAACAGGCUGUGGAGCAACUCAUGACGAUGGGAUUUUCGCGCAACGCCUGCGUCCGAGCCUGUCUGGCCACGUCCAGCGUGGAGGCAGCCUCCAAUUGGUUAAUGGAGCACCUUGACGACGCCGAUCUUAAUGAUCCCAUCAACGUCACCUCAACUGAGCCAGCCAGCGUCACCGUAAAUGAGGAUUCUCUCAACAUGAUGCUCGAAAUGGGUCUGGCUCCGGAUAUUGCAACUCGAGCACUGCAAAUCUGCAAUAACGAUGUGGAGGCGGCUAUUAACAUGGCCUUUUCAAGCCCCGACCAACUGAUUUCCGCCAUUCCAAGCUCACCACCGGCCCAGCAGGUGCAGCAAAGCAAUGCAGCAGCGUUAACCAAGGAUAGCAUCUCUAACGGUGACCCCAGCCGCUAUGAGUUGAUUGCUUUCAUCUGCCACAUGGGCGAAUCAACUGCUGCCGGGCACUACGUGUGUCACAUCAAGAGAUCAGCCCUAGGUCAGGGCAUUCCGGGAGUCGUGCCCGCCUGUGAAACGUCACCUUGCAUCGGCUCGGACGACGAGUGGGUGAUUUACAACGACGAGAAGGUCUGUCGCAGCGAGUCGCCACCGUUCCAGCACGCCUACCUUUACUUCUUCCGACGUAGCUGA